CUUGAUGUAGCUAGUAUAGUCCCUCCACCAUAUUUUCUUGAAAUAGAUGGAGCGUUAUGUGUUGGUAAUCUUCGAAAUCGACCAAUCUUUGAAUGUCGUCUUUGUAACGCACUUACCCCGAGUAAUAACAAAAUAGUUAGGCAACAUAUUAAAAAUUUUCAUAAUAUUGAUGAUAAUCCAU